AUGGCGCAAUUCAACAACAACACCAUCAUGCUUCUUAUUAGCUGGAGAGAAAACAAGCCCGUGGAAAGCCAAAUUUACACCAUAGCCUCUGUUGAUCUCAACAUCAUUGCUGUCGUUUAUAUCACAACCCGUCACGCUGAUUCAAAGGGGGCAUGGGAGCUUCAGAGAGCCAAGGCCCGACAAUGGAUACGGAGGGAACAAGCAGAAGAUCUUGCGAAACAAGUGGCACUUGGUCUUCAGACUCACUACUCGCUCGAAACUCACUUGGAGUGGAUGGAGAAGCUCCUGAGUCGAGAGGUCGUGCCAGAAUUGAUAGAAGGCAUGACCAGUGGUUUGUUUGACAACUGGGGCAAUACAUCAUCAGCUUAA